CAGGUGUGAAGGGAAGAGUGUUGGAUAACCUGGCCCUCACGGUGUGGGAGGUCUGUGCUUCCACUUGCCUCUUCUGCGCUAGCUCCUUCACACUCACGGACUUUUCAGAGCGGGCGCUUAGGCGGCUCUGAGAGGUUAUUUAUGCUAGCGGUCCCGGAUUUCAGCAACCUAGCCGUUAAAAAAGCAACAUCCAGCUAAACAAGAAUUUUCAACGUCAUGGAGCCUCAAAUGGGCCGAACACGCCUUCGAAAACCGAGCGCGGCCCAGAACGGCUCUAUUCAUACGAAUGGAAGGCCAGUAGGGAGGCCAGUAGAGACAUCUCCCGAAAAGAAGAGACCGCUGCUGACGUGGGAUGAAAUUCCUGCAUGGUACCAGGACAAUGAGUACAUACUGUCUGGAUACAGAACAGUCUCCAGCUCAUAUAGAAAAUCGAUUGCAACCGUAACACAGAUACAUAAUGAGACAGUGAAUAUCCACUCCCAUCUCAUCGGUUCCGCACUCUUCUUCACACUGCCCUUCAUCCUCUACGAGUCUCUACGCUCAAGAUAUGAAUCAGCAUCUACCGCAGAUAUCAUAGUCUUCUCAACAUUCUUCUUCGGUGUAGCAAUAUGCUUCUUACUUUCGGCGACAUUCCACAUAUUCAACAACCACAGCGAGAAAACCCACGUCUUCGGGAAUCAACUCGAUUAUCUCGGCAUCGUCAUUCUCAUGUGGGGAUCCACAAUGCCCUGCGUGUACUACGGCUUCUACUGCACACCGUCCCUCCAAACAACCUACUACACUCUCGUCUCCGUCCUAGCAGUCCUCUGCGUGUACGCCACGCUGCACCCCUCCUUCCGCCUGCCAAAGUACCGUCAUUACCGCACCACCAUGUACUCCGGCUUGGGUCUCUCAUUCAUCAUCCCCAUCGUCCACGGCGUUGUGAAGUUUGGGUGGGAGACCCAAGUAUGGAGGAUGAGCCUGGAUUGGAUGUUGCUAAUGACGACGUUCAAUUUAACGGGUGGUGCGCUUUACGCGAUGAGGAUCCCAGAGAAAUGGUAUCCGAACCGCUUCGAUAUUUGGGGCGCGAGCCAUCAGAUUAUGCAUUGCUUGGUUAUUUGUGCUGGUAUUGCGCAUCUGUUCGGUCUGUUGAGGUCUUUUGAUCAUGUACAUGGGCAGACAAAUGUCUGUGGGCGCACGUCCGUGUGAAUUUGAGACCUAAGACUAGAGGUCGGGAGAGGAAGAUCCUCCACCGUGCUUGGGCGGAUAAGAGGAUCCUCAAGUGGCAAGAAAACGGGGUAUAUUAGACUCAGAUCAUGAUCGUGAACAUCCGUAUGAUCUAGAACCGAAG